AUGUUGAGAAGUCCAAGUUCGUUCGGAAGCUUGCUGCGCUUUCUCCUACUGACCCAGAGAGUGCGCGCACCGUUGUCGUCACAACUUAUUCCAAGCUUACAUGCAAGAGAGAUUGCAAAGUCUGAGAAUAAAUUCAUCAUCCAAGAGCGACGAGAGGAAGGAAACGCUCCUAAGCGUCGGAAGAGUGAUGCUAGAGCUGCCAGCGGCACCGACGAGGAUCUCGUCCAAUGCAAGCCAACCCGCAAGGAGCUGGGUUCCAUCCGAUGGCUCAUGCUGGUGGUUGAUGAAGUACACAGUUAUGCCACUAACGCAACAAUAUUGGCGUAG